CUAGUUAAGGUUUUAGGCUUUUAGGUUCGUUGUUCGUCUUCGGCCAAAAAACUGAGAAAAAGGAAAAUUCCCUUCUCUACUUAGCAACAGGUCUUCUGCUAGCAAAGUUCCAAUUGUCUCUGUUGUUUCUACGGCGACUGCUAGAAGCACAUGAGCCGCUACGACAACCGGACCGGCGACCCGGGUUCGUACCGUGAUCGGAGAAGCGAUUCGGGUUUCGGAAGCGGUGGAGGUGGCAGCGGAGCUGCGAGUUACGGAAUCAGCGGUCGUUCAUCAUCGUCGAGCAGGAGAGAAUACGACGGCGGCGGUUCCCCAAAGAAUCACGACUUGGAUGGGUUGCCCCAUUUCGAAAAAAACUUUUAUAUCGAGUCUCCUUCUGUGGCGGCGAUGACCGAGAGUGAAGUCGAGGAAUACCGCCAGCGGAGACAGAUUACCGUUGAGGGUCGAGACGUUCCCAACCCAGUACGGGAAUUUCGCGAGGCUGGGUUCCCAGAGUAUGUCAUGCAAGAACUUAUUAAGGCUGGCUUUGUUGAACCUACUCCCAUUCAAUCCCAAGGAUGGCCUAUGGCUUUAAAGGGUCGUGAUCUCAUUGGUAUUGCAGAAACAGGAUCGGGAAAGACGCUUGCCUAUUUACUACCUGCUAUUGUUCAUGUCAAUGCCCAGCCAUUUCUAGCCCCUGGAGAUGGACCAAUUGUCUUAGUUUUAGCUCCGACACGUGAACUUGCUGUGCAAAUACAACAAGAAUCCGCUAAGUUUGGGGCGUCAUCAAGGAUUAAGAAUACCUGUAUAUAUGGUGGAGUUCCAAAGGGACCUCAAGUUCGUGAUCUUCAAAAAGGUGUUGAAAUUGUUAUUGCCACACCUGGAAGGCUCAUUGAUAUGUUAGAGUCCCAUCAUACAAACUUGCGAAGGGUCACUUACCUUGUUUUGGAUGAGGCAGAUCGUAUGUUAGACAUGGGUUUUGAGCCUCAGAUUAGAAAAAUCAUUUCUCAGAUUCGCCCAGAUCGCCAAACUUUGUACUGGAGUGCUACUUGGCCUAAGGAGGUUGAACAACUUGCCAGGUCAUUCCUUUACAAUCCAUAUAAGGUGGUUAUUGGUUCUGAAGAUCUGACAGCUAAUCGUGCAAUUCGCCAGAUUGUGGAGAUUGUCUCAGAGAAUCAGAAAUAUAGCAAAUUGGUGAAGCUGCUGGAGGAUAUCAUGGAUGGAAGCCGAAUUCUUAUAUUCAUGGAUACCAAGAAAGGGUGUGACCAGACCACAAGACAGCUUCGUAUGGAUGGUUGGCCUGCCCUGUCAAUCCAUGGAGAUAAAAGUCAGGCAGAGAGAGAUUGGGUCCUCUCAGAAUUCAAGGCUGGAAAGAGUCCAAUUAUGACUGCGACAGAUGUUGCAGCUCGUGGUUUGGAUGUGAAGGAUGUGAAGUAUGUGAUAAAUUAUGAUUUUCCGGGAUCCUUGGAGGAUUACGUCCACCGCAUCGGUCGAACAGGCAGGGCUGGGGCCAAAGGAACAGCGUAUACUUUCUUCACAGCUGCAAAUGCCAGAUUUGCAAAGGAACUUAUUACCAUCCUUGAAGAAGCUGGACAAAAAGUUAGUCCUGAACUGGCUGCAAUGGGGCGUCGUGCACCUCCUCCUCCUCCAGGUCAUGGUGGCUUCCGUGAUCGUGGGAGGGGCUUUGGUGGUGGUCGACCAUGGAGCUAAUAUAUUAAAAAGAAGGGAACGAAUGGCUAUGGACCCCAGCCCAAAUAGACAGACUCUGGUCGCUGCAAUUACGUCAUGGAGCUAAUAUAUUAAAAAGUGGUGGGAUCCUCAAGUCAUGUAGUAGCUUUCCGAUAUCUCACUACUGGCAUAACGAAGGAUAAGUUUUAACUGGCUGGGAGUUGGUGCUUGAUGUCAUCUUGUCAUGCCCAACUGAGCUUGGGCAACCAAUGUAUUGCAGUUUGUAAGAUAAAAAACUAGUACACCGCAACUUUUUACGGCUUGACAGCUUAUGAAGUAGAAAAAGGGAUAACUAUAACCAAUCAACCCAUUUCUUUCUUAAUUAUGCUACUGUGAGAGUUCAAAUGUUGGAUUAGUUGGUAAAUUUGAAUGCCGAGUGAUGUGCAAUGGAGAAAUUGAUCUCUGGUUGAGACACCAUUUUCCCCGGCGCUUCUUUUUAUUUUUA